AUGCAAGUGCUACGGUGGAUCUUCAAGCUCAUUACAUUGUGCGGAUGCUGGCGUCCGGCUUCUUGGGACUCGACACCCAGGAGGUACCUCUACAAUGUGUACACGAUGAUUUGUUUCAUGAUUACACAUCUGUUCGUCGUUGGGGAAGUCUUGGAUCUCGUGCUCAUUGUUGACAACCAGAACGAUCUCGCCGAGAAUCUGUACGCCACAAUGGGGGCCGCAGUCACUUGCUACAAAUUGUCCAGCAUGGUGUCCAUGAGAGAGAGCCUCGCUAUUAUUAUGAAUACCCUUGAAUCGGAGCCUUUCACACCUGAGGGCGACCGAGAGCUGGAGAUACGGACUAAGUUUGACAAAUCGGCAGAGGAAAGGAAGACGGUGUAUCGAGUCUGGUUGCCGUUCGACCAUACUCCGGCGAUCACUUACUGUUUGGUCUAUCUGCAUCACACGCUGGUCACCAUUGCCAACCUCGCGUUGACUAUCGCUUACGAUAGCCUAUACGCCGGGUUGCUGGUUCACAUUUACUCUCAGUUCGAGAUACUGCGGCACCGUUUACAAAACGUUCACAGGAACGAGAACAAUUCGGUGAAACAUUGUGCCCGCCAUCAUGAUCAGAUCUACAAGUUGGUUCCCAUGCUUCCUACCGGUAGAGACCUUUAG